AUGGGCGGCGGGCAGCUCACGCAACCGCUCGAGCGCGGCAUGGGCGCCGCGGAGCUCGCUGCUGCGGAGGAGGCCAUGAGCGGUUCGCUGGAGUUCGGCGAGCUUCUGAGCUUCCUGGACUGCUUCUGGGACGAUCUGGACCUCGGCGCGGUCAGCAGGCUCUACACGGCGGAGGAGAUCCUCCAUGACACGGUGCACGGCGUCACUGCGCCCGGCGCGUUCGGCGAGGUCGCGAUGGCGUUGCUUCACGCCCUGCAGCCUCGAGCGUCGGUCGGCAAGUGGGCAACGUCGCUCCGGAACGCGGUGGCCCGUCUGUGGAGAGCGCACGUUGACGACGAAACGAAACAACACCCGUUGGAAACCUGCGAACGCGAUGAGGUGGCGCUGCGGGCGUGGUUCGCGACGAGCGACCCCCGGGACCGCCUCGCGAUCCUGUCGUGCCUGUGCACGACGCUCCUGUCGCGCCGCUGCGUCACGGAGGUGAUGCCGGAGGACGAGGACGACGGAGGCGAGGUGCCGAGGACGGCCGCGAGGUUCGCGCGAGAGGCCAUCGCCAGGCGGCGCGUCGAGUGGACCGAAGUCGACGGAACCUGCUACGCCUUCGUACCGCUCCGCGCCCUCGCGUCCUUCCAAAUCUACUCCUUCUCCCCCGCGACCGGCGAAUCUCGCUGCCUCGCGCGAACUGAAGCCGCGUACGACGCGCUUCUGGCCUCGACGCGGGCCAAGCCUGCUGUCCGGCGCAUCGCGGCGCGGCGCCAGCAGCUCCUGAGCAUUCGCAACACCGAGGGAUUCGCGCCGUGCAGGCCGUGGAUCGUACAGCGGUCUCCGUCCCAUGCCGGCACCGAGGCUGCACCCACUGCGCAAAGCGGCCACAAGCAGCCUGCGCACUUGGACCAGACAGACGAGGACGACGACUGGGACUGGGACCGCUGGCCCGCCGACGUGAUCGUGGCCGAGUCGGCCUGCGGGGGGUUCUACGCCACAUCCCCCCACCGCGUCGGGCACGCGCACCUCGUCCCGCGCGGCGUGGCGCUGGAGGCGGCGCAGAUCUCCGGCGGCCGCACGUGGGCCGCGCUGGUGGACGAGUACCGCGCGGCGUACCGCCAGGAGCUGUGGGACCACGGCGACGGCGCCGUGACGCCCGCGGCCGGCCUGUGCAGGCUGCUGCGCGUGCUCGCCGGCGAAGCGGGGGGCACUCCGCUGCUGACGAAGGCGUUCUGCAAGAAGGACGCGGUGGCGCGGUACGCGACGCUGACGACCGCGUUCCUCGUCACGCGCGCUCUCGCUGGCGAACAGCGGCGCGCCGAGGAGGUGGCGGCGGAGGUGGCGGCGACAAAGGGGCGGAUCGCGGCGCUCGAGGCCGAGCUGGCGCGGCUGCGCGCGUAG